UCCGUUUCGUCCCCCUCACCAACCCAACCCGCCGCCGCCGCCGCCGACCGGGAGGGCCAAACCGGCCGCCGCACCCCGUGCGGGGUCGUAUCACCACGGAGGCCGCAGCGACCCGCUUACGCAUCGCGAAGUCUCCCGUUCCAUUGCCCUUGCACGCUUCGCCGGACGCUAGGGUUUUAGCGCCCCUGCUUUCGCUCGCUCAGGCGGUCCGGUGUCGAGAGAUAUACGGCCCUCUUCGAUGGGACGCCCGGAGCCGGUCGUGCUGUUCGCGCAGACGAUUCUCCACUCUCAGCUUGACGAGUACGUCGACGAGGUGCUAUUUUCUGAACCUGUUGUGAUUACUGCCUGUGAGUUUCUUGAGCAAAAUGCGUCUCCUUCUACACCAAACAUAUCUCUUGUUGGUGCAACAUCCCCACCAUCAUUUGCUUUGGAAGUCUUCGUUCACUGCGAUGGGGAGUCUCGAUUUAGGCGCCUUUGCCUGCCUUUCUUGUAUUCACACUCCUCCUCCAAUGUGCUUGAAGUUGAGGCUAUUGUAACAAAUCAUCUAGUGCUGCGGGGAACUUAUCGCAGUCUCACUCUUGUAAUUUAUGGGAAUACUGCCGAAGACCUUGGUCAAUUCAACAUAGAACUAGGCCUGGAUCAUUCUCUUGCCAAUGUGGUUAGCUCUCCGUCAGAGGGAAAAUUUGAGGACCUUCCACCGGCACUACGUUCAUCCAAAUUCAAAUUUGAAGAGUCAUUAUCUUCAAUCAAACCAUUGAGUUUUCAGUCCACAGAUUUGGAAUUGUCACUUGAAGUGAAGAAAAUACUAUAUUUAGCUCUCAAAAUGCACCAAAUACUCAAUGUGGAGAAUCUGAUCCCCGACCUAGGAAGUGUAGUUAUCUCAGCUGUUUCAAAAUAUGUAACUAGUUCUAACUGCAUGCCACAUAGUUGGAAUCAAGACUUGGCAGAUGGCUCCAGCAAGAGUAAUCUUGAUCCUCAGGAAAGUAAUAUUGUUCACACUGAAGCUAGCAAUGAGCUGUUUGAAAUUUGGAAAAACGUCCAUUCUAUCGCUGCUACUCUUUUAGGUGAUGAUGGCUUUGCCGUCGGAUUGGAGGAGUUGCCUACGACCAAGACAAUAUUUGAGUUGUUUAACAAUAGUUUCCCAUAUUAUAGAAACUGUUCAUUACUUGAUCUACAAUGCCCUUCUCAGAAUAACUGGUUGGUGAUGUCCUUGAGUUUGGUUCUCCUAAUAUGCUCCUCAAAAGAGAGUUGCUUUUAUUUUGUUGAUGCUGGUGGGAUGGAGCAAAUCAUUAAUCUGCUUUGUUGGAAGACACCCAAAUCUACAGCUACUACAUUGCUUCUCUUAGGUAUUGUUGAGAAUGCUACUCGGCAUGGUGUUGGAUGUGAAGCGUUCUUGGGAUGGUGGCCACGGAGUGAUCGGAACAGUAUACCCACCGGCAGCAGUGAUGGCUACUGUUCUUUGUUGAAGCUUCUACUGGAAAAAGAAAGACAUGAUAUCGCCUCUCGUGCUACAUAUGUUCUUCAACGUUUACGUUUUUAUGAGAUACUAUCUAGAUACGAGUCUGCCGUGAUCAAGGUGGUUUCCAAUCUGCCUUCUGAUGAACUUUCCUCGGACAGAGUUUCUUUUCUUAUUUUUGCAAGUAACGAGCUUGCUGAAAUGUCGAAAUUAAUAAAGAUAUGUGGCCCUAUUGAAGAUCCUUCGCCAGAGGCUAUUGCUAGGAGAAUAUCCAAGUCUAGUCAUUUGGAAGAUUCACUUUCAUUCAAAGCAACAAUUGGUCUUAUAACUUCUUCCAAGUACAGUUUCUUGCAAUUUGACACCGAUUCAUGUUUGUUAUCUCUUAUCCAGGAAAGAGGUUUUUUCCCUCUGUCAGCAGCCUUGUUAUCAUCACCUGUAAUGCAUUUGGCAAGUGGGCCUGCUGCUGAAAUAUUGAUGGAGAUCACAUCAUCAAUUGAAUCCAUUCUCCUCUCCCUUCUUUUUUGUCGCUCAGGGUUAUCUUUUUUGCUCAGUCAACCUGAAGCAACUGAGCUUAUAGUUCUUUCUCUUCAAGAUGGUAAAGAUAUGAAUAAAACAGAAUGCAUAACUCUUAGGCAUGCCUUUGUUCUUCUGUCAAAAGGAUUCUUCUGCCGCCCCCAGGAAGUUGGAAUGAUCACAGAGCUACAUCUUAAAGUGGGAAGUGCUGCCAAUAGGCUACUUGCAGUUCCUCCAAAUUCUGAUGAGCUUUUAUGGGUUCUUUGGGAACUUUGUGCCAUUUCGAGGUCUGAUUCUGGUCGCCAAGCAUUAUUAGCUCUUGGCUACUUCCCUGAGGCAAUAUCUGUUCUGUUGAGUUCCAUCUCUUCGUACAAGGAUCUCGAUUCAACCAUGAUUAAAAAUGGAGGUUCUCCAUUGGGUCUUGCGAUCUUCCAUUCAGCAGCGGAAAUUCUUGAAGUCUUGGUUGCAGAUUCAACUGCUUCAUCACUCAAGUCAUGGAUUGGCUUUGCUGUUGAUCUGCACAAGGCGUUGCAUUCAUCUUCUCCAGGUUCAAACAGGAAAGAUGCUCCAACAAGGCUGCUUGAAUGGAUUGAUGCUGGUGUUAUAUAUCAGAGAAAUGGUGCUGUUGGGCUUCUUCGUUAUUCUGCUAUUCUAGCUUCUGGUGAAGAUGCCCAUUUUUCUUCUGGAAAUGUGCUCGUGUCAGAUUCAAUGGAUGUUGAGAAUGUAGUCGCAGAUUCAAAUAAUACUUCAGAUGGUCAAGUCAUUGAUAAUCUUCUUGGGAAGCUUGUUACAAACAAGUACUUUGAUGGAGUUGCUUUGUGCAGCACUUCUGUGGUUCAAUUGACAACUGCCUUCCGCAUUUUAGCAUUUAUUUCAGAAGAUAAGGCUGUUGCUUCUUCCCUGUUUGAAGAAGGUGCGAUUACUGUUAUAUACAUAGUCCUGAUGAACUGCAAGUCUAUGCUUGAACGCUUGUCGAAUAGCUACGAUUACCUUGUUGAUGAAGGGGCUGAACUAAGUUCCACCACGGAAUUGCUUUUAGACCGAACUCAUGAACAAGCCCUUGUUGAUCUCAUGACUCCCUCUCUCGUGUUGCUGAUAAACCUCCUUCAGAUAUUACAUGGAACAAAGGAACAAUACCGCAACAAAAAACUUCUUACUGCUCUUCUGCGGCUACACAAAGAAGUCAGCCCAAGACUAGCAGCUUGUGCGGCCGAUCUGUCUUUCAUGUUUCCUAGUUUUGCUGUAAGCUUUGGUGUGGUUUGCCAGCUUAUCACCUCAGCACUUGCUUGCUGGCCUUUGUAUAAUUGGACACCUGGCCUAUUUCAUUGCCUUCUUGAAAAUGUUGAGCCUACUAAUGCAUCAGUACCAUUAGGUCCAAAAGAUGCCUGCAGCCUUCUUUGUCUCUUGGGUGAUCUUUUCCCAGAUGAAGGCAUAUGGAUGUGGAAUGUCGAAGUUCCUUCUCUGAGUGCUAUUAGAUCUCUGAGUACUGCAACAGUUCUAGGGCCUCAAGUUGAGAAACAAGUGAACUGGCACCUGCGCCCUGAACACGUGUCUGUAUUACUUGUAAGGUUGAUGCCACAGCUUGAUAGACUUGCACGUGUCAUUGACAACUUUGCUACUUCGGCCUUGAUGGUGAUACAAGACAUGCUCCGGAUCUUCAUUGUUCGUGUUGCCUCUGAAAAGGUUGAGUGUGCGGUGGUUCUUCUGCGACCAAUUUUUAUUUGGUUGAAUGACAAGGUUGAUGGAACUUCCCUGUCAGAGGGAGAGGUCUUUAAGGUGCAUCAGUUACUUAAGUUCAUUACAAAAUUGUCAGAACAUCCAAAUGGCAAGGUAUUGCUAUGGAAAAUGGGAAUUGCACGGGUUCUUAAUAAGUUACUAAAGAACUGUAGCAACACAUCUUAUUUGGAAGAUAAGAUGAUCUCUGAAAGAGGAACCCACAGAAGUGACCAACUUAUGCUCAAAUGGAGGAUUCCCUUAUUCAGAUGUCUCGCAUCUAUCUUUAGUGCCCAGCCAUCUGGCAAAGAGCAGACUGCUAUUGAACAGUCCUCAGAGAAUGCUAGCGUUGAGGAGUGCUCUUCUAUCAUGCAUCACCUCUUGCUCUUAUGCCAGGUUUUACCAGUUGGACGGGAAAUGUUAGCUUGUUCCAUGGCAUUCAAGGAAGUGGCUUCUUCCUAUAUCUGUAGAACUGCAGUGCCUUUGAUAUUUUCACAACUCCAAAUUCUUAACCAAGAUGAUGAGGAGAAAACUGAGAGUGACACUUAUCAUGACCCACUCAAUAUGGAUAACUGGCGUUGCUUUACCCCUUUAUUGAAGUGCUUCAAGCAACUCCUGAAAUAUGUUGACGCUAAUAAUCCAACAGAUUAUUGUGUAGAAACAGUUUAUUCUUUUAUACUUGGUGCUAUUGCCCUUAGCCAGUACGGUGACAGUCUCGAGGGUCUCAUCAUAUUGAGGUGUCUAUUUGGGCACCCCUUUGAACAUAGUCUUACAUUGAAAUCCUCUGGCGAUAGUUUGGAUGAGAGUACCGUUUUAGUGAAGACUUUUGAGGAGAAAAUAUCCCAGGGCCACGAUCAUUUGUCAAGUUCUGUUGGAAAGAGUCUUCUAAAUCAGCAGGUCCAGAGUUCCAUCACAUUACUGUGCUCUAUUCUUGAGAAUGCUGGCCUAUUAGAAGAUUCAGUGCAGAUGGUUCUUGAAGGCACUUACUUGCCAUUUGGAGUGGUUCGUUCUGUUGUCAUGACGUCUCGUCUAAUGCCAUCCCUAGCCAGUGCGUCUGUGAAUCAUGAAUCUGUUCUCUUCUUUUCAAAUGCUUGGAAGGUUAUUGCUGAUUCAGAAGAACCGGUUGAGGGUGAAUUUUCGAAGAGGUUAGUGUGGGAGUUGCCCGAUUCUUCUCUUGAUAGACAGCUAAUUGCUGGUCAAUCUGCUAGCAGAAAACUGGCAUUAGGAGAGGCUGCAAGUAGACGUAUAAAAGACAAUCAAACACCUGAACCUACUGGACAGUUUGCUCGAAGUUUAAAUACAACCAGCGCCUCUACAGGUCAUGCACGCAGAGACACUUUCCGUCAUCGGAAACCAAACACAAGCAGACCACCUUCAAUGCAUGUAGAUGAUUAUGUUGCAAGAGAGAGGAACAUAGAUGGUGCAAGCAGUGCAUCAAAUAUUGUAAAUUCUACUCCGCGAGGAACACUUAGUGGAAGACCUCCAUCUAUUCAUGUAGAUGAAUUUAUGGCAAGGCAGAGGGAGCGUCAAAAUCCUGUGCCAGUCCCAUCUGGGGAUGCACCCCAAGUAAAGAGUCAGACAAGUUUGGAUGACAAUGUCAGUGCUAAGGCGGAGAAACCACGGCAACCCAAGGCGGAUCUUGAUGACGAUCAAGAAAUUGAUAUAGUCUUUGAUGAGGAGUCGGAGCCAGACGAUAAACUACCUUUUCCUCAACCAGAUGAUAAUCUACCACCACCUGUCAUUAUUGGGGAAAAUUCUCCAGGUCCAGUUGUUGAGGAGACAGAGAAUCAGCAGAAUGAAAAAAGUCCCUUUUCUCAAAGGGAAAUAUCUAUCUCAAAGAACAAUGAGAGUCUUGGUGCUGACAUAUCUUCUCGGACAGCUAUGCCUCCAGAAGCUAAUGUUCCUCUGGAGCGAAAAGGUUCAGUUUCUAGCCCAGCCCCAGAAAAGAGAGCGUUCAGUGAUCAUGCUGAUGAACCUGCAUACUUUUCCUCUCAUAACAAGCGUCCUGCAGAAGCACCUCUGCAACAAUUGCGUCCUAAUACUUAUCAGAAGAGAAGUGCACAUAAGUUAUCUGAGAGUUCUCUGUCAUCUGGAUCUCAUGGACAUGAUCAUAGGUUUUCCAGAAACCAACCACCUCUGCCACCAAUGCCACUACCAACUAAUUCCAUGCCUACACGAAGUCCUGAGUCAAGUCAAAGGAGGUCAACAUCUUACAACACUAGGGACAGCGCUAGGGAUGGACCACCAGCUUACCCAUCUAAUUAUCCUUUACAACCUUUUGAGGCUAGUAUGCCUACCGCUUUUGUAGGGCUUCAGGCUCAAACUGAACAUGCCCUAGUAAGCAACGGUACUUCAUCAUCAAAUGCUCCUAAUGCAGACGUCAAUUUCUUGUGGAACAAUUUUCCAGUAAAUAGGGCCCCUAUGGAGCACUUCAGCUCUGGUUCAUCUGCCCGACCAAUGGCACCCCUUGCUCAACCUUAUUCAACCCCACAUUCUGCAAUGAGCUCUGGCUCUCCUGCAUCUCAUCUGUAUAACCAAGGCACUAGCGUUGUCCAGCCUAACCCAUCUUCAUCUCUAAUGAACGAUGCAAACUUAGGCAUAAAUUCUACAUCUGGCAGCGCAAUUCUGUCCAGUUUCUUGCCAACAUUUGCCACACAACUUCUAAUGGGUAGGCCUCCAAUGUCUAGUCCAUUUUUCGGAACAUCUCUUCAACAAGUUCAACUCUCAUCCGGCCUUGCACAGACUGGGUCCAAUCCCCAGCCUUCUGUUUCUUCAGUGCAAGCACGGCCACCUCCGCCGCCACCACUACCUCAGCAGCCUCAUCCAUCCCAGACCCAGCAGCAUCUUGCUUCUCUUCAAUGGCAGCAGCACCAGGAGCAGCCUCAGUCAUAUGCACAAAAUAGUAUCCAGUCGCAGAUGACUUUGCAGUUUCAGAACCAACUUCCUGUUCCUCAAAUGCAAUUUUACCCGAGUCAGCAGGAGUUUGCUGCGCAAACACUGAGACAAGCGGGUGAACAAUCACAAGUUGCUAACCAGACUGCACAAGCGGAUGGUUCGUCUCAACAGCAGAGAGAACCGGAGAUUGAUCUGAACCAAUUCUUCUCAUCUCCAGAAGCAAUCCAGAGCCUGCUAAGCGAUCGUGCGAAGCUUUGCCAACUUCUGGAGGCAAACCCUAAACUGAUGCAGAUGCUUCAGGAGCGCAUCGGCGGCAGCAAAUAGGAGGGUGGUGUCUGACUUUGGGUUUGUCGUGGCCAUGCUGCUAGACUCUCUGCCUUCGGCGAUGUUCUGGUGCGACGGCGGCUUUGCUAGCGGAAUAGUGAAAAGAGAAGCGCAUGCCUAUGCCUGUGUGCAUCAUAAAGUAUGCGUCGUUGUAUGUAACAUGUCAAUGCUGUGACGCUAUUAGUUUAAAAUUUUGUAAUAAGUUUUGUCUGUGGCUACAUUAAUUCUUGUUGGCCCUAAUCAAGCUGCUGCUCUGGUUGCUAA